AUGACUGUCGCGGCACCUCACGACCUGCCCGAAUUUCUGAAGCCUCUUUGGGCUUGGAUUGAGGCAACGCCUGUUUACAUCCUGAUCGUGCUCUUCCUCGGCUUGAUUUCACUGGCUGUUUUCGAGCUCUAUGUCAUUCUCCAUCUCGUCGCCCCAAAGCCUCGUCCCGUCCACCCCUCCGAGAAGCAGUACAUCACAUCCCACCCUACCGGACGAACACAGCCUCAACCUCUACCAUGCUGGUACGACCGCUGGCUUGCAGAGCGCCAGGCCAGCGAGCAGUCCAUCAAACCUUCCGAAGCCUAUCCCACUCCCGACGCUGGCAACAUUGAACCUGCCCAAGUACGCCUGAGCGUCGUAUUCCCAGCCUACAACGAAGAAGACCGCGUUAUCCCUACUCUUGAGGAAGCUGUCGCUUACCUUGAUGAGCACUUUGGCCGUACCACAGGUCCUGGAACAAGCGCGACGAACCCAGCGUCUAAGCGACACACCCGAAGCGCUGCUAAGGAGGACCUCGGAGGUUACGAGAUUUUGGUAGUCGAUGAUGGAAGCAAGGACAAGACCGUUGAUGUUGUUCUCCAAUUCGCUCAGGAUAACGGUCUGCAUGACAUUCUGAGGGUUAUCUCGCUUGCGCGCAACAGAGGCAAGGGCGGAGCAACUACUCAUGGUUUCCGACAUGUGAGAGGCGAAUAUGUCCUGUUUGCUGAUGCCGAUGGAGCUUCACGCUUCUCUGAUGCCGGCAAGCUCAUCGAAGGAUGCGAGGAAGUUGUUGAUGGAUCGCACCGUGGCGUUGCCAUCGGCAGUCGUGCCCAUCUUGUUGGCAGUGAGGCCGUCGUCAAGCGAUCGGCUCUGCGAAACUUCCUCAUGCGAUCUUUCCAUCUCGUCCUCAUGAUCCUCACACCCCCAGCAACAUCCCGCAUCCGCGACACCCAGUGCGGUUUCAAGCUCUUCUCCCGAGAAUCACUCCCUCACAUCAUCCCCUACAUGCACACCGAGGGCUGGAUUUUCGACAUUGAGAUGCUCAUGCUCGCCGAGUCAGCCCCCGCAACACCAGUUCUCGGCCACGACGGCAGUGUUAUUGGCACUAGUCCUGGCAUCAAGGUUGCCGAGGUGCCAAUCGAGUGGCAUGAGGUGGGUGGAAGUAAGCUCAAUGUCAUCCAGGACAGCAUCAAGAUGGCUCUUGGUCUUGCGGUGCUACGGGCCAGCUGGAUGUUUGGUGUCUAUCGACGAAGAUUGACAUAG